GCGUCCAGGAUGUCUACGGAGUACGGAGUAUGGAGUAUCGAACUAGUGAAGGCGCCUCACGGACAAAGAUUCCCCACGCCAUCCGAUGCGACAUGAGCGCUGGCACGUACAGCUGACAUGUCAGCCGAAAACAUCCCGGCAGAAGGCGAAACAAGCCCGAGCCGUUGUGGAAAAGGGAAAGACAAUAGAGAAAAGAUUGUGCAGACGAAAAAAUUUUCGAUAUUGGUCAUAUUAAUUGUGCCGACCGUGACCGAUUGCGCCAAGAUUGGGGCGAUUGCGCUUGGCGCCCUGUGGCGAGCCUGUGAGAAGGACGAGUCUGUGAAGCCGAUGGACUACUACGUCUUGGCACUAGCUUUGGCGAGUGAAGCAAUGUGGCUUAAUAAUUCUGCCUUUUCCCCCCGGUGCUUGAGUGUGCUUGAGUGCAUUGGAAGUCUUGGGGACUCCCACAACGGUCGAGGACAGUAUCUUGGCGACGUGGAGUAUAUGGAAUCAGACACACUGAGAUUACGCCAAGAAAGUGGAGGACUGGAAAUGCCUCACGGAUACCACGCUGGAGAGUCACCUGGAUAGGAAAUUUUUUCUGUCGAGCUGUCGCUGUUAGGCAAGGACCUGUUGGCAUUUAUUUUUCCGACGACUCACAGGCCGGCUUGGCACAUCGACGAGGCGACCU